AUGUCAACUUCUCCGUUGAUAAAAGUAGCUAGUUCAGCCUUUACAAACGGAUCAGCAUUGACAUUUAAAAAUAAGAAGUAAUAAAAUUCCUAAGCACAAAACUUUAUUUCAAUGAAUUCUCCUCUAAAAUCUACAGAUGAGAAUGAAUAAUCACCAUCAAAAAUAAUUAAUAUUUACUCGGAUAGUGGAUUAUUUAAUGUUGGAAAUUCUUACUCAACUGUAAAAAAUGCUCCAAUUAUAGAGGAAGAGAAAACACAUAAAACAUACACAUAUAGUUAAAUGCCUCCUGAAGAAGCAGAGAAAGCAUAUUGUGAGAGAUAAAAAAUUAUAAAAGAAUAGAUAAAGAGAACUAAAAAUAGUGCAAAAUUUAAACCAAAUAAGAGAAUUGAUCCGAAUAAACCUACUUUGAAAAGUGCCUUAAAGAAAUAAUAAUUAGAUUAUUCAACUGCUUAAUCUUAAUAGAUAGAUAUAUCAAGAACUUCAUAAACAUUUAGAAGAAAAUCAAUAGAUUAACCUAUUCAAACUGUCCCAAAACCUCAUCCUAAAGUAAGUAAGAUAAUAGAUUAUAAUAAUAAUUCAAAUAAUAGUACAAAAUAAUCAUAAGUAAGUCCUGGUUGUUCAAAUGUAUUAUAGCAAUCUUUCCAUUAAUAAUUAUAAAGUAAAAAGUAAUAACUAUUAAAUGAAAUUGCUUAAUUGGAUAAAGAAAUAGGAAAAGAGAAAGAAAAAAAAUAAUAGAAGUCUCUAGUACAAUCAAUCAAUAUUUCACCAAGAGUUUAAUAAAGAAAAUAAAUCCCCGCUUAGAAAGAUGAUAUGAAAUCAACAUAUGAAAAGAGAUAAUAAAUGAAAAAAGUUGCAGAUAAAGAAAAAUAAAAUAAGGAUAUGGAAUAAUGCACAUUUAAACCAUAAAUUAGCAGUAAUACAAGUAGAAAAUUGAACACUUCUUAAAGUUCAAAAUUUACUCCUUUAACCUCCCCAAAGCAAACUUCAGCUCCUCAUCAAGUUAAAGUUCCUAGAUCUCAAUCUUAAGAAGAAAAAAAUGUAAGGAAGGAUGGAUUGUAAAAUUCAAAGGAAGAUUUAAAUUGUAAUAAAUUAUUUAAAUUUAGAACGACUAUAAAGAAUGAAUGAGAAAUAUAAUUUGAUAUUAGAGCAAUCAAACAAAAUUAGAAACCAAUUAAAAUAAAUCUGA